AUGAGCCACCAUAGCACGCCGCAUUUGCACAACAAACGAACGCCAGGCAUUGUCAGCGAGACGCCGGGAGUCAAUCUGGCCGUUGGAGACCUCGACCACCGCGGCAACCACCCCCAGGGCCCGAUCGUAAUGGAUGCUUCCCGUAGUGUUUCUGACACCACGGCUGCCAAUGCAAAACAGUUGUUGAACGCAUAUAUUUGCGAUUUCCUUGUCAAGAAUGCUUUGCCUCAGACUGCAAAGUGCUUUGUCAGUGAGGCUGACAUCCCUUCCGUCGUCAACGACCUGUCACAUCUGUCCAAGACAUCUCCACAUUUGGUGAGUAAUCUGGGUCUCUUGGAUAAGGAUGUGGGUGGUCUGGGUGGAACAACUCCACAAACUCCAUCUUUGGCCGUUAACCAGAUGCUGGAUGAGCAUAACUUGCCCAAUAUCUCUUUGCUGAUGAAUGCUCCCCUGGGUUUUCUCUAUGAGUGGUGGCUGGUGUUCUGGGACGUUUUUCAAGCCAAGAGCGAUCGCAUGUCUUCGCCGUUGGCCACUCAAUACUAUCAGAUGCAGCUUAUGAAGCAGAAACAACAGCAUGAGAUCCAAGGCUUGGACUGGCAGAGCGGAGGACAGGUGCCACUUCAGGGUCAAGUCAUGAAUCACCCCCACAUGGGUAUCCCAGGGCAACCUCCGAACCAGGUUUUCAACCAGGUGCCCGGCAGUCAGGGCCAAAUGGCUGUGAUGGGUCACCCCCAAGGUCAGGUUCCCCAGCCUCCAUUUCUGCGGCAGCAGUUUCCCAAUGUGGAUCCACGUCAGCAACGAUAUGUAAUGCAGAUGAUGUUGAAGCAACAGCAGCAGCAGCAGCAACAGCAGCAACAGCAACAGCAGCAACAGCCGCCACCUCAACAACCUCAGCAACCUCAGCAUCUACAACAGCCUCAGCAUCUACAGCAACCACAGUCCACUAAUCAAAUUCCUGUCAACGCUGGAAUGGAUCAGUCGUUGAACAAUAUGGGUAUGGGAAUGAACUUGCAGCAGCAACAGCAAAUGUUUAUGCAACAGCAGCAACAGCAGCAGCAGCAACUUCACCAACAACUGCAACAUCAACAACAGCAACCUCAACAGCAACAGCAACAGCAUCAGCAGCAACAGCGUAUUCAGCAACAGGCUCAGACACAAAUGAAUAAUCUCAGACAACAAGCUGCUCGUCAACAAACCGGACCUGCUGCCGCUGCUGCUGCUGCUGUGGCCGUCGCUGCUGCUGCUGCCUCGCAACCACAGUCCAGAGAGAACGGAAGUCCUGUGAAUAUGAGCAUGAACGGGCCCGGUGCACCUCGUAUUGCUCAACUGCAACAACAGGCUCAAGUUCAGCAGAAUCCACAGGCUCAAGUUCAGCAAAAUCCACAGGCUCAGCAGCAGGGCCAGCAAGGUCGCACAGUGAGACCUGUGCAACCAGUCAUGGGCGCAAUGCAACCAUACCCUCAACAGGUCAAUGGAGGUGCUAUGUCUCCAUCAUAUGUGCAACAACCUGCAAAUCAUAACAUGAUUCCUACGAAUGGAAAUGGUGGACCCACAAGCGGUGCCAUUCAGAAUAUGACCCAAGGUCGUAAUUCCAACGCUCUUCAGGAUUAUCAGAUGCAGCUCAUGUUGCUAGAAAAGCAGAACAAAAAACGGCUUGAUAUUGCCCGUGGCAAUGGAGCUACUGAUAUGAACUUGGCUAUGCAGCUGAGUCAACAACUGCAAAUGCAAAUCAAGCAACAGCAUCCACCCAAAGCCUCUCCUGCUCCUUCACCAGUGCAGAAUAACAAGCCGUCUCCAGGAAAUAAUGGUGCAAAGUCCAAGAAAGCGCCAGCUGCAAAGCGCAGCCGCAAGUCUAGUGUCGCUAACCUGGGAUCUACCCCUCUGAAUACUUUUGAUGUCAAUCAAACGCAUCCUAACGGCAGGCCCGCCGCAGGUGCGCCAAAGAAAGAGUAUACAACUCCCCUAACUCCGGCCGCAGAGGUUGAUUCGAACAAGAAAAAGAGGAAGAGCACAAGUGGAGAUUCACCCAAGAAACAGCAGAAAGGCACUGCAGCGGUCAAGAAGGAGAAGCAAGCACCAAAGGCUAAGAAGGAAGAGAACAACAACAACGGUGACGUUGAUAUCUUUGACAGUGGAAAAUUGGAGACUGAUGAGGACAAAAUGCCACCUCCGUCCGCCGGAUACUUUCCUGGCACACUUGGAGCUAAUGAUAAAAUGAUCACUGUCGACAUGCUCUCAGGUGACGCUUCAGAUGGAACCUUUUUCGCUGGUGAUGACUUUGAGUUUCCAUUUUUUGAUGGAAGCGACGGUAUGGGCGAUAGUAUGCCAACCUUCGGAUGGAAUAAUCCUAUAGAAGGGGAUCGAGGCGCCUGA